GGUAUGUAAAGCGUUUCAUGGCCUGCAGCUGGAAACGCCAAGAGAUUGAUGGAUGUUUUCUGCAGCUCUUAACAGCAUCGAUUGUCGCUGGUGGCCUGGGAAGUCUGCUAGCAGAUCAGAUCAGCCAUUCAGGCAGGUCAUUCUAUAUCAAAACUUGCGUGCUGGUGGGUUCCAGGCUAGUUUGCCACAUCCAGUCAGUCAGCCACUUUCCCCAGUCUGUUAACGCACAACUGCAGCAAAGCCAUCAAUAGCCAGUAGGAUUGGCCCUGAAGAAGCCAGGUUUAGUAUAGUCGCACUCUGGCAAAGCAACGCCAGCACAGCGUGGAAAAAUCCCCAUUCUUGCUUGGUUCGGCUGAAACGCUCUGCACAAGGAGGGAUGGUGGUUGAUCCAGCUGACCGGAGACAGGAACAGCAAGGCAGUAAACGUUGACAUGGGAUAAGACUGUCAACAAGGCUGGCUAAGAUUAGCUAGAAGUUCGAGUAUUGCCCUCCCAUAAACUCCUGGUUUCGGACCAACUGAAACCAACUAACUGAUCACAAAAGUACAACAGUACCAACCUCAAAAUGCAAACUUCUACCACUCUUUUACUAGCACUGGCUGCAAUCCAACCAUUCUGUGCAUCAUCUGUCACCGCAGGAAGUUCUCAAGACCUAACCUUUGAUGAUAUCAUCGGUGACUUUAGCCGUUCUAUCAGCACCAGAAUAUCAAACGUCUUGCGGCACUCGGCGGACCCAGUCAGUUUGCAAGAUGUGGAGUUUAUCCAGCAAAUACCGUCAGUUGCAUUUGAUGAGAACUGCACCGACGCGGGCACAGUCAUAUACAGGUUUGGAUCAUUGACUGGCCUCGGAACCUUUGAACUAAGCAAUAUGAUUAUAGUUUCAGACGACAGUGUCAUUUCGAGCGUUCCGUUCAGUGGUUUCGACUGGGAAGGUACAUUCCUCGCCGAUGGCGUCCUACCCAACGGAUUGGAAGUGUUCAUCGAGGUGGAGCUUUCUGGGGAUGCCUGUGGUGAAGGCGUGCAUCAGACGAUUUCUGGUUUCCUCGUAAGCUUUAGCCCCACAAGGCUCAGCAUAGACUUGCAAGCCAGUGGCAACUCGAAAGAGGUUGCAUUCUCCGACGAAAUCUCCAACCGAGUCCGAGAAGUCCAGGUGAACGAGCAGAACUAUCUGUGGACUCACUGACAUCUAACGUUGUCUUUGCCAACGGCGUUGACUUGGACGUGAAUGCAUUUCUGCCGGAUCUGUUGGACCGUGCCAUUGCCGAUGAACUUGGUCCUACCAUUCUGGGGAUUUUGAAUACUGCAAUAGUCGGACCCUUCACCUUUUAAUCAAUGCUUAGCUAUACUAUGAUGUACUGCAUG